AUUACCUUAUUUCACUAGCCCAUCGAAGAUGAACUUACAUGUUAUUGUUCCUGUUGGACAGUCAACUGUAUUAAACUGUUCUGCUGGUGGCUUUCCAGAACCAUCGGUUAAAUGGUUGAAAAAUUCACAUCAAUUAGAAUCAAGUAAAAAGAUUAAGAAAUACAAAUGGGCAAUUAAAAUUAAAAAGGUUGUGCUUUCUGAUAAUGGAAAAUAUGAAUGCAUUGUUUCAAACAUACAUGGAGAGGUCAACCAGACAUUUGAAGUUGAAGCCCAAGAAAUAGUACGCUCACGACCCAUUUUUAGUGAAAAUGUCAACGUUAAUCAAACUGUGACAAGUGGAGAAAAUGUCAGUUAUAACUGUAAAUUUAUUAGUGAUCUUUCAUCAUAUAACGCUUGGAUUCAACGAUAUUCAUUCAGUGAAACUUGUCAAGAAGCUCAUAAGGCAGAUAAUUUUAAGACCUUAAAGAAAUAUGACACAAAACUAGAUCUUAUAAAUGUGACUGCUGCUGAUGCAGGGCCUUACACGUGUUUUGUUGAAAACCAGAUUGGUUGGGUGUGUAAAGACUUUUGGUUAAAAGUAAUAUCAAAGCCUUCCAAAAAUGUAUCACCAGUGUGGAUUGUUGUUCCAGUUUUAGUAACGGUUGUGUUAGUGACAGUUGCUGGAAUGCUGUUUCUGUAUUUUAGACAUAAACACAAGAAGCUGGAAAAAGAAAAAAAGAAACUGACAAGGAAAAAAAUUAUUCUUGAAAGAAUUGAUUCUGAAAAUUCUCAUAACUCCUUGACACCUUUAAUAAAGAUUGAUGUCCCGAGCAAUUACAGCAUUACAUCACAGUUGCCUUCUAUUGAUGAAUAUGACAUUCCUGUGGAUCCUAAGUGGGAGUUUCCUCGGAAAAAGUUAGAAAUUAAGGAAAAGGUGGGUUGUGGUGCUUUUGGACAAGUUCAUAUUGCAGAGGCUUUGGGUAUAAAAGCAAAAGAAGUUUUAACUGUUGUGGCAGUUAAAAUGCUGAAAGUUGGACACACUGAUCAAGAUAUGCUUGACUUAGUAUCAGAGAUGGAACUAAUGAAAGUUAUUGGCUCUCAUAUGAAUAUCAUCAAUCUGUUGGGUUGUUGUACACAGGAUGGCCCACUGUAUGUGAUUGUGGAGUAUGCAAGCAAUGGAAAUUUGCUGGACUUUUUAAGAUCUCACAGGCCAAGUUCAGGAUAUGAAAUUCCUUUAGGAGCUGACAGGAAUCUCAAAGUGCUCUUGAAAAAAGAUCUAAUUUCUUUUUCUUUCCAAAUAGCAAAAGGAAUGGAGUAUCUAGUUUCCAAAAAGUGUAUUCAUCGUGAUCUGGCAGCUCGGAAUGUCCUUGUCACACAAGACAGAAUCAUGAAAAUUGCAGAUUUUGGGCUUGCCAGAGAUGUGCAAGAAGUAGAUUAUUAUAGGAAAACUAGCAAUGGUCGACUACCUGUAAAGUGGAUGGCACCAGAAGCUCUGUUUGAAAUGAAGUUUUCUUCAUAUAGUGAUGUUUGGUCUUUUGGAAUUCUUCUGUGGGAAAUCACAACAUUAGGAGGUACACCAUAUCCAUCGGUUCCUGUUGAGAGGCUCUUUCAGUUAUUGAGACAUGGACAUCGAAUGGAGAAGCCAGAAAAUUGUUCAUUAGAACUCUACAUGAUCAUGAGGAACUGCUGGAAUGCUGAGCCCAUUGAACGGCCAACAUUUUCUUUGCUUGUGAAAGAACUAGAUCAUAUGUUGACCAUUUUUUCAGAGGAGAACUAUCUUGACUUGAGUGCUUCUUUUUCUGUUCUGGAUACUCCUCCAUCAAGUGAUUCAUCUUGUAAGUUAAAUAUCUCCAAUAUUGAAGUCACCAAUGGUGAAAAAAUAUAAUUUAAGCCACAGUAAAAAAUUGUAUUUGACAUGUGCACUACCAGAGAAUAUUCUCUGUUUGAAUUAUUUUAGUGAACUCAAUUUUACUCAUGUCAGAACUUCAAAUGAGUGGUAAAGGUGGAUCAGACUAUUUAGUUAAUGCCUUGUUUAAUGUUUAUGAUCUGGCCCAAAAUUAUAUAAGGAUAGGUUAUGGAGGUUCAAAUAUAGGAGUUGAAAGCUUUUUGUUCAUUGCUAUUUCUCAGGAUGAAAACUUAUAAGAUCAUUUGAGUGCUUCACCAAACAAUAUGAAUAUGCUAGAUUCUUUACUUCAAAUUUCAACUAAGGAUAUCUUCUAAAGAAUUAGAUAAGCAUUCAUUUCUGAAGCUCCAACAAAAUUUUGUGUUAAGUUACAUGGCUAAUCACUGCAUAAUGUUUUAGAUGUAAAAAUAACAUAUAACUAUUACGCCUACUGUUUAAACAAUAAACUUACAAAAGAGUGUAAAAUGAUUGAAAUUUUAAGAAUUAUGAAUGUUAAGUGUAGACAUUUCUAAUAUCAUUGUAAGUAUUAUGUUCAUAUAAAUUUUUGGUAUUAAAUUUUUAAUAUUAUCUGUUUUAAGAUUAUUGUAUGUUUCUCAAACAUACAAUAAUCUUAAAACAGAUAAUAUUAAAACCUAGCCAUAAUUUAGACUUCAUAGUUAAAGAAUAUUCAGAAUUAUUUGUUUCUUCCCCAAUUUAUUUUUCAUAUUAUACAUAGCUUUGAAGAAUGAAUAAUAUAAUACAUUUUAUUGACAUUGCAUGUAUUUUCUCUAUAUUUUUGCAUAAAAUUUAUCUAUUUUUUUAAUUUCUUUCUUUCUCAAAGUUUUUGUAAUUCAACAUUGUACCCUUGAACAACAAACCAAUCUCAUUUAAAUGUAGAUUCCUUUAUAAGAACCAACUUUUGUUUAAACUUGAGUACUAAUGAAUACUUAUUUUUAUAAGGAUUAAAAUAAAGAAAAUGCUGUGAAUAACUAAAUUAAAGCUUAUUUACGGAUAAAACAAAUAAUGGUUGUAAAAUUUCUUUUUACUUUAUUUUUCAAAACUGUUUUGCUAUGUUACUUAGCAUCGCCCCCCAGUGGCGCAGCGGUAUGUCUUCGGACUUACAACGCUAGAAUCCAGGUUUCGAUACCCGUGGUGGGCAGAGCACAGAUAGCCCAUUGUGUAGCUUUGUGCUUAACUUCAAACAAACAAACAAUACUUAGCAUCGACAGGUGGAUACAUUUGACUAAUGUAAUGAAAUUGUUACCGUAUCAACUGCUAAGCAACAAAAUAAAAACAAGUCAAAUACAGUUGUUUAACAGUGAAAAAUUAAAAUAAAUAUAAUUUCAUUUGUGUACUGGUUAAUACUAGGUUUUUGUUUUAUAAAAAAAAAGAACAUCUUUGUUUUUCUUCUAUUUAUAUUAUUUUCUAUGUCAAUAAUCUUGUCAUCUGAAAAACAAAAGAAUAAUUAUUGUAAUUCUGUUAUUCAGAUGUAUCCACAUGACAGUGCAAGGUAAUACUAGCAAAGCAAAGUGUUUUUUAAAAAAAGUUUUUAAAAUAUAGUUACUUCUUUUAUCUAUGAAUAAAACUUUUAACCUUCAUAUUAAAAGUUCAUCCUUUAAUUUAACUCAUGAAUAACUGUUUAACUUGAAUUGGCUUAGUGUUUGAUCUAGUUGUUAUGUAAAUUAAAUAUUAAAUUAAAAGUGUUUAUUAUCCAUUCAGUAUUUUUUUCUGAAUAAUGUGACAUAGAUCAAUAUUUUUAUAAUUUAAAAUAAGUAAGACCUGAUUGUUAUCAUGCAGGUCUUUACAACUUGAUCUGAAACUUGCAUUGCAUUUUCCGAGGUGUACAGGAUUUGUUUAAAUCUACAGUUAUGGUAUAUUUGUUUUAAAUGUCACAAUACAAGUAAUUUGAUGCACUUUAUGAUAGUUUUAUGUCUCAUGAUUAAAGUCAAUAAAUGCAUUAGUGGAAAAUACUUCAAUAUUUUAAGAUAUAUAAAAUGAAAUUAACUGUCCUAUUAAAAUAACAGAAUAGGGAAAACAAAGUUGAUUAAUAUUUAUUUAAACAUAUAACUUAGGUAUUUGUAGAAACAAUAUACCACAUUAAAAAUAUAUUUACUGUAAAUGAAACUACAACAAAACUGGCAAAAGAUUUCUUUAUUAAUCUAUAACAGAUUUUUGCAAUUUUAAAUAGGUCCAUCUAAUAGGUAGCACACAGUUUCUAAAUGAAGCACAAUAUCAGCAGGUAGUGAACCUCCACACCAGGACAGUCAGUUUUUAAAGGGUGCUCAUAUCAAUAGAGGACAUUCCACACAUACCCAAUGAGUAAUAUAGAAUGAGAAAAUGAGCUGGCUAUUGCAAUAUAUGGAAGUGCUGAGCUGCCAAGAAUUACACUGAUACUUAUACAGUGUGAAGUUUAGCAUUGUCUUAUUGGAAAAGAGGGUUCUUGCAUAUAAUGUAUAGAAGAUAACACAAGUUGUAGAAUGUUAUUAGGAAGUGUAAAUCACUAUCCCACCAAACAUGUUCGUCCUUUCAGCUGUGGGGGCAUUAUAAUGUGAUGGUCAAUCCCACUAUUUGUUGGUAAAAGAGUAGCCCAAGAGUUGGCAGUGGGUGGUGAUGACUAGCUGCCUCCCCUCUAGUCUUACACUGCUAAAUUAGGGAUGCCUAGUGAAGAUAAUCCUUGUAUAGCUUUGCAUGAAAUUCAAAACAAACAAACAAACAAAAUCACUAUCCCAUACAUAACAUCCAAUAAUGCAUCAUUGUGGUCCAGGUAGAAACUUGAUUUGUGAGAAAAAUCAACUUGUAUGUGCUGUAUUACUUAUACUAGCACAAGUGAUUCUGCAUGAGCAGGGAGUGGGCAUUGGUGGCAAAAUGGCAAGAAGAAUUGUAGCCCAACACUGCUGCCACAUCUCUAAAGGAAUUACUAUUCUCUUUUAGUCCAACAAUCCAUCCUCUUUCAAAACCUGUUAGUUGCCAAAACAACAUUGUUUGUUGUUGUUGUGACAUCUUACUGCAACAGGACAACACGUUUCCUGUCAUCUGCGUUCUUAUAUACAUGGUAGAUCCAGAAUAAGAAUCUGCACUCCUUAUAUCAUUUCAUUCUGUACACUAGAUACUGCACAUUUCUGUUUAAAUUUUUUUUCUUGUUAUGGACUAAUAGGUAAAUAUUUGUGUGAACGUUUUGUCUUAAUUUUUUUCUAAGUAAAACUUUAACAUGCAAAAAGUGUAGGAAAGAUAUCUGGCUCAUAUACCAAAUUUUUUUUUGUUGCAUGGCAAGAUAGUUGUGGGAAUACAAAAUCAUUUUUGAUUUGUCCUAAGUUUGAAUCCAAAGAACAAUGUGUUAUUUUGCUUUAGAACUGAUUUAGCUCUACAUCUAUUGUCUUGAUAACUUUAUCAGUGUGAAAAUAAUGGUUCGUCUUCCCAGUGCCCAUUUUAUAUCCACUUCCUAGUGUCAAAAUAGUCAAAGCUCAAAUUGCUGGUGUUUUUAUAUAAAUCACUACUGCUAAUGUUCACGUUGCAUUACAUUCAAUAAUUUUAUGUUUUGCCUAUUACAACACUCAUUGUCGAGGAAUGACCAAAUAAACUGUGUGAAAUCAUUUAUUUUCUUCUUAACAUACUUAAGAGACCCCAGUAGUAAGUAGUAAGAUUAAUUUCAGUCAUUUGAGACUAACAAACAAAGUCAGGUGUCCACAAACAGAUUGGUACAUAUAUAGUUCAGGAAACUAAGGGAUUAAUAAUUACGAAACAAAAGGAAAUAUGUAAGACAUUGAAUUAAAUACUCCUGUAUCUAUAGGAUUGGGUCAGAAAUCGCACAUCAACGAAAUAUAAUUAUGAAAUACUGUAUUGAGAGCUCUAUUUGGUACAAAUAUAUAAGUAUAUGUAUACUGUAUUAUUUAAAAUUAUUUGUUACCUGUCUUUUUCUCUAUGCAUCAUAAAAGAAAAAUUCCAUUGAUCUGAGAGUUAUGACUGUCUCCAUAUAUUAAAUAAUAACAUGAAUAUGUUCAGGAACACUAUCUAGCAAAUACCCGCAAAAAAUGUAAUUUUAUUUUUGAUGUAUUAACGAAGUGUGUGGCUAGUCAGAAAUGUUUGAAAUAAGCAACUUAACUAGUCAACUACUGAAAUAUUUUUUUCACAUCAUGACGUUGUUGUAUACAUUAAUGUGUUUUUGUUUAAAUGUAAUACACUUAAGCGUAAAAUAUGUAUAACGUAUAUUUGACCUAAAUAUUAUACGUAUCAUUUUCUAUAGAUUAAAAUCUGUCUUGACGAACUAUUUCUUGAGAUAUACUUUUUGUUUAACCGUAGGUGAGAAAGUAUAGCUUGAUCGAUUUGGCAGUGUUAUAUUUUAUCCUUCCUAUUAAAAGUAUCUCAAAACAACCUACUACAUUUAUUUACACAGUAGUCUCCCUUCCCUCCAGUGGUUCAGUGGUAAGUAUGAAAUAUUAUAAUGUUAUAAUGUUUCUAUACCCGUGGUGGGUACAGUACAGAUAGCCCACUGUGUAGCUUUAUGCUUACAAACAAAACUUCCACAGUACCCGUUUUAGUUCUUCUUUUUCAUGUAAUUGUUCCAGCUGCAUUUCUUCUGUCAUAUAACUUCAUCACAACUGGAUCAGUAUGUUUGUGCCAAUGUAUAUAAAAAUAAAAUGCCAACUACUUUAGAUUAA